AUGUCGAUCAUCCCGAGUUUCUUCGGCCGGCGGAGCAACGUAUUCGAUCCGUUCUCACUGGACGUGUGGGAUCCCUUCUUCGAUACUUUCCGGUCGCUCUCGGAGCUCCGGCCGUCAUCGGUGGCAACGGAGACGGCGGCCUUCGCCAGCACCAACAUCGACUGGAAGGAGACCCCGGAGGCGCACGUCUUCAAGGCGGAUCUGCCGGGGGUGAAGAGGGAGGAGGUGAAGGUAGAGGUGGAGGAGGGGCGGGUGCUGCAGAUCAGCGGCGAGCGCGCCAAGGAGAAGGAGGAGAAGACCGACCGCUGGCACCGCGUGGAGCGUAGCAGCGGGAGGUUCCUGAGGCGGUUCCGCCUGCCGGAGAACGCGAAGGUGGACCAGGUGAAGGCCGCCAUGGAGAACGGCGUGCUCACCGUAACGGUGCCCAAGGAGGAGGUGAAGAAGCCGGAGGUCAAGGCGAUCGAGAUCUCUGGCUGA